AUGACGCAGCCUAUCGAAGGCUUGAAGGAACGCAAAGAAGAUCUCAGGCAGUGGAUCUCGGUAGAUGGUCUGACUAUCCUCCAAGCCAUCGAAAAGCUAGCAACUGAACACAACGUCAUCUGUAAAAAGCGCACCCUCGAGCGCAAUCUCAAGAUAUGGGGCAUAUCAAGACGCGACAAGCCCGACAAGGAUGCACUGCAGGCAGAGUUGACACGACUCUUUCGUGGCCCGCGACUUUCUGAUGAAGCAAUCAGCGAUAUCUUGAACCAGGCUGGCCAUAGAGUCACCCGUCGCUAUGUCAUGGACACCAGGAAANAACUCGGUCUUCACAAGCGCAUUCGUCCAGAGACCAACGAAGAAGACCUGCAAAAAACCAUCAAAGAUUUGCUGACAGAAGAGUACAAAAACGACGAGGUACUCAAGAUGCACCGUGGUGAGCUGUACACGUAUCUUCGCGACAAGUAUCCCGACCUCCACAUUAUCGGAAGAGACCGUGUAUACAACAUUGCCCGCGAGAUGAACCCCCAAGUAAUACGACGCUACCCCAAAGGCCAUCCGUUGCAUCAAGGUCGCAUAUACAAGCUGACUGGAAAGAGACUGGCUGCAAAGUUGGCCAGAGAUGCCGCUGAUGCACAACUCAAUCCUCCCACUGACCAUACUCAAGACUCUCCUGCUUCAUUCGACGACACACACUCAUCCCCAUCUACGAGUGGUUACCAACCUCCCCAGUCUGAUGGUACAUUUCCUGAUUAUCCAGUCACUGUUCAGGCCCAUCAGGCUGUGCCUAGCGAUGUGCCUACUUCAACGGUCCAUCAAGUUUUGCACCCAAGCCUCAGACUCGAGUCGCUUGAGAAGGAGAACAGUGCUCUGCAUCAGAGACUACAGCAACAAGAAGCAGAGAUUCAGUAUAUGCGCCAAGCAUACAAUGACCUGAUGCAGAGGUUCACCAGCGUGCCUGCCCCCAACCCUUUCCCGAGUUGA